AUGGAGGCAUGGAUUAGAGGCACCAACAUGGAACUGAAGCAGCAAGUGAUCAACAAGCUUUCAGCAAUCGGUGGGCAAGACCACAAAAAAGUCACGUGGAAUAUCCUGGCCUGCAUUUUCAACGACAGCUGUGCCCAGAAAAUCAGCUGGAAAGGGGUUCAUGGCAAAAUACCAUUCAAAAGUAUGGCCUUGAAGACUCUCAUUUUGGAAGCUGUAAAAAGGAAUAAUCUCUGCCGCACAAUCACGGACGUGGAGAUUUUCUUCUCGUUGGCAGUAUUGCACAUAAUGAAGAUGGAACAUGAUUCAUCUUCUUGUGUCCUCGCUGAGACGGGGACGCUGAGCCAAGGACAUUUGGAAUGGCUGUGCUGUACAACUUUUGACUCUGAUGCUGUGAAAAGGGGAAAACCUUUACUGGAACAUGACAGACCAAACUAG